AAUCGCUCGGUGAAUAAUCGAACCGUAUCAACCGAGUUGACAGAAAGUGCAAAAGAAAAACAUUGCCAGCCGGCUGCGAGAGCUCGUGCACUUUUUAGUUAUUUACUUUUAUUGAAAUUUCCCAAUUAAAAACUUACACCUAGCCAACAUGACCACCCUGAGGCCCUUCACCUGCAACGAUAUGUUCCGGUUCAACAAAGUGAACCUGGACCCACUGACCGAAACCUACUGCCUUUCGUUCUACAUGCAGUACCUAGCACAUUGGCCAGAGUACUUCCAGGUGGCAGAAUCGCCGACCGGAGAAAUCAUGGGCUACAUUAUGGGCAAGGCGGAAGGUCAAGGCGAAAGCUGGCACGGCCACGUAACGGCUCUUACCGUGUCGCCCGACUACCGACGGCUCGGCCUAGCAGCUACGCUGAUGAGCUUCCUGGAGGAUGUGAGCGAAAAGAAACGGUGCUACUUUGUAGAUCUGUUUGUUCGCGUGAGCAAUAAAAUUGCCAUCGAAAUGUACACCAAGCUAGGCUACAUCGUGUACCGGACGGUGCUCGAGUAUUACGUCGGCGAUCCGGACGAGGAUGCGUACGACAUGCGGAAGGCCUGCUCGAGGGAUGUUCACAAAAAGUCCGUCAUACCGCUGGAGCACCCGGUACGGCCCGAAGAGGUGGAUUGAUAACGACCCAAACGAGGCAGCGAAUGUGGAAGUGAACAAAAAAUAAAGUGCAGCUAUUUAUUACAUUAGCUCCGCCGCAAUAGUA